GACACUGAUGAGUAGCUUUACGUCUUUGGUCACACGUGUUGUCGUCGCAUGGAUAUCUCUCGGUGUAAAUAGCUGCUGCAAGCCGAUCAAAUUCAGGACUCGAGGAGAAAAUGUCUUUCAGAGGAGGAGGCGGACGAGGUGGAGGUUUUAACCGAGGUGGAGGUUUUAACCGAGGUGGAGGAGGUAGAGGAGGCUUUGGUGGAGGCAGAGGUGGAGGAUUUGGACGGGGUGGUGGCAGAGGUGGUUUCAACAGACAGCAAGACUAUGGUCCUCCAGAAUACGUUGUUGCACUGGGAGAGUUCAUGCAUCCUUGUGAAGAUGAUAUUGUGUGUAGGUGUACAACGGAGGAAAACAAAGUUCCUUACUUCAAUGCCCCAGUGUACUUGGAAAACAAGGAGCAGAUCGGGAAGGUGGAUGAGAUAUUCGGCCAGCUCCGGGACUUUUAUUUUUCAGUCAAACUUUCUGAAAAUAUGAAGGCAUCUUCGUUUAAGAAACUGCAGAAGUUUUAUAUAGAUCCAAUGAAGCUCCUCCCGCUGCAGAGAUUCCUCCCAAGGCCGCCAGGAGAGAAGGGGCCACCAAGAGGAGGUCGAGGUGGGGGUAGAGGUGGAGGAAGAGGUGGUGGACGUGGAGGUGGAUUUCGAGGUGGCAGGGGCGGAGGUGGCCGUGGUGGAGGAUUUGGAGGCGGUGGACGCGGUGGAGGUUUCAGGGGAAGAGGAGGUGGUGGCGGACGUGGAUUCAGAGGCGGGAGAUGAUCUGACAGUGGUGGUGUGGUGUGAUCUUUUCUUCCCUAUCUACACCUUCUCAAGCAUAAAGGCUGUGUUCUAUGCCAGUGCCUGUCUUGUUGGACUCAGGGGUUGGACAUUGCCUCUAUUUGUAGAACUUGAGUGUAUCUUUUUAUUUUGUUUUAUUUUGUACCAGUUUUAAAGGUGUGAUGAAUCUUGAUAAUUUUUAUUUAAAAGGUGGAACAUAGCGGGGACCUUUUCAGCCUGUUGUGAAGGGUUACAGACUCCUUUUGUGAACAGGCACGUCAUUAUCCUGUGCUGAUUGUGUUAAAAUGUUUGACCAUGAUGGAUGUUUGUGCUUUUGAUAAAGAUUUCAGGAGAGACAUUCACACACUUCCACACAUUACUUUUGUCAGUUGUUGGAAAAUGUGUAGGAAGUCAGAUUUUAUUCAGUGUUAGUUGAAAACAUACUAAUAACUGUAAAAUCUUAAGUCAAUUAUUGUCACAUUUUUGUUAAAGACCUUGAAUAAAAGGUGCUUUGUAA